AUGCAUUCAAAAGAUAACGAUCUACUGACUACCAGCAGCUCAUCGUCUUCAUCGUCACCCACUAGAACAACAUUUGGCACAAUGUCAACAGCUACUACUGCCACAUCAGCCACUUCCGGUGGACAAAAAGUCAAGACUCCCUUAAAGAAGGAAGAAUUGGAGAAGAUUGCUCGUCAGUUGAAAAAGAAACUAUCAAAGGCAAGUAUAACUGCCAAACAGUCCUUGUCACCUACUAAUAUGAAAACAAUGGCUCCCUCGGUACCCAAGUCAUCACCUUUGAGAGGUUAUAUAAAUGCAAAUACACAACAAAACAGAGACGCACACGCACAUGCACAUGAUUCGUUUUUAUCGUCGUCUCCCAACAUUUAUUCACCCAAUGGGAAAUCACCCACGCAUAUAAAGACAGCAGCAGCUACUUUUUUGUCGUCGUCUCCUUUGAAAAACGUUGCAAAUGGAGACAGUAAUGAUGAAUUAAAUGACUCACCUACCAAAAAAAGAAGGACAACCUUGUCUCCAAGCAAAAUGGUGCUAGCUGAGCUUACUCCAUCUGGAAAUGGAAUCGGUCCUGAAAAUGACAAUGGCGAACCACAAAAGCAAGUCUUGAAACCUUCAUUGGAUAUGAGCACAACCCCAUCGAGACAGGACUCAAGGAGAAAUAGCAAAACAACCAAAUCGAGAGACAAUAAUGAAGCAGACUUUGAGGUUGCAAAGACACCCGCUCCUGAUACAGAAGGAGCCGAUCUUCUCAUAUAUCUAGCUACAUCUCCCAGUCCUGCCAAGACGUAUAAACCAAGAGUUUCGAUCAAUGUUCCUCCUUCUCAUUCAAGUCCAAAAGAAAGCAACAGCAGAAGCGGCUACAAUAGCUUGAACCCACAACCACAGCAGCAACAACAGCUGCUGAGUGCAUCAUCAUUUGCUGUACCACAACCGCCAGUUACACCCAAACGAGUAACCACUCAACACCAUCAACACACCAGAACACCACAAAACAGGUUGACUCCAUUCUUGAACAAUCUUUCCUCCAAUCUCCCUUCGUCAGGGUUGACAUUGACGCCCAACGGAUUCAACAUGAAUGACUAUGUGAAUUUCUUUACCCCUUCCCCAGGAAAUGCCAUGAACAACAAGAAUAUAUUAAGAACACCAGACUUUAAUAACUUGUUGAAUGGAACUGGUGGUGCUGGUACUGGUACUGGCUCAUCGCUGGGGCAAACACCCUUAAGCAAGCGACUCGAUGGGAAAAUCAUGAAUUUCAAUAAGGUCUUGUAUCAAGAGCACGGGUCGGACUCCACGAAUAAGGAUCUUUAG